GCAUCAAUCAAUGUGAAAGAAGAGCGCAGCGAACGUGGUUCUCGCGGCGUUGCGAGUAGAGGCCAAAGUCAAAAUUAUACUCGAACAGCAAGAAGAACCACAAGAGUGAUUAUUGUGCCAGUUCGGAAGUAGGUAAAACAUCGUCAAAAAUAGUACGUAACCGUUCUGGUGUAAUCAAAAGUUGGUGUCGGUGUAUUCGGGAACGUCGUAGCUACGUGCAAUUUGACCACUUUCGUCCCUUCUGUGGGAUGGCUGUGAAAAAUGAAAAGCAUCCACAGCGUGAGUAGGAUCUCGUCACCAUCAUCGUCAUCAUCAGCAUCACCUUCGCAGCAGCUCCUCGCGAGUCAGCAGAAACCACCAACAACAACGCAAGGCAAAAGAAGUCAGCUUCAGAAGAUCGUUCGCUAUUGUGGAAGAGAAGGUCGCUGCUACUCAUCGCCUCGCCAACAGCUAUGGGAUCUUCGAUAGUGUCAUCAGCCUGCUGUGUUAUGAAUGAAAUUAUCGUACGGUUUGACAGAUUAGUGACCGACCAUAUACCGCGGUAAGAGUUUCCGGCUGUGUACAAAAUGUGAACUCCGAAAACGACGAUCGCGAACUGGCAAAAAAACUUAUUUUCUUCAAAUAACUAGAUUUCGAUUGCUUUUAAAAGGUUACUAGAAUAGAAAUUUGUAGUGCAACUUUUGAAAGAUAUGCGCAGGGUUUACAACCUUCAGUUCAUUCGCGUUUUUAAAUCGCUUGUGUAAAUAGUGCAUCUCGGCCCAAGAUAAUACUCAGUUUUUAUCUAUGGUGUAGUGUGCGAAAGUGCAAGUAAUACAAUCAUACUCGCAAGAUUUCAUACGGUGUAAAUAACAAAAGGAUUCAGUAGUCAAAAGUCAAUCAAAUCUGCAAACGCGCAACAAAUUACUAUCAGGUCUCAAAGGUGCCGAACAAAAUUGCAGCCGCCCAGCAACAUCAGCAGCAACCGCAACAUCAUCAACAACAAUGGGCAACUGCAUUGGAAUAAAUCGUAAUGAGCCGGAAACUCUAGACACCGGAUCCGCCAACAUAACCCGACCUGUAACGGGAAACACCUCCAGCUACGUCGGUGUGCAGCGCAAAAAUCAUCCGCUGUGUCACGAGACGAUCCGUUGGAAAUCAGAAGUGCCAUUAACGGAGGGCCAGCUACGCAGCAAGCGGGACGAGUUCUGGGACACUGCGCCAGCAUUUGAAGGCCGAAAGGAGAUAUGGGAUGCGCUGCGGGCGGCCACUAGUGCGGCGGAAGCGCUGGACUUUCAGUUGGCGCAGGCAAUCCUGGACGGGGCCAACAUUUCCGUCCCCAACGGGUACCUCACCGAGUGCUAUGACGAGCUCGGAUCGCAGUAUAAACUGCCAAUCUAUUGCUUAUCCUACCCGGUCAACAUAGUUAAGGAGGAUUAUGGGCGCGACUCGCCUGCGGAAUACUCGGAACCAGUCGAUGGAGGCACUGAAGUUAUCCUAAAACUACGGCUAUCGUCCACUUGUACAGAUGUUAAAUUACCAGUUUAUUCUAAAGACACAAUCGGCCAGUGUAAAAAGAAAUUACAGGCACAGGAGGGAAUCGAUGCAUUUACACAGCGAUGGUUCUACGGAGGCAAGCUGCUAGGCGAUAAGAUGCACAUCGACGAGAGCCACAUACAGCCCGGCUACAUUGUGCAGGUCAUUGUAAAUACCGAGAAACAAUCGUCAUUGGCGAUUAGCUAGCCAAGAAACAACCGUAGGCACAAGCGAGAACAACAGCAAGUAAGGCGACGCAGAAGGGGUAACGGUACGAGAUUGAACGGUGACCUGGAGGUCGACGUGCUGGUACCCAAUCCCAGCGCAGGCUGCCAGAGCCCAGAUUUGUUAAUAUAUAUUAAAUACUAUUCAUUAGGAGAUUGAUGAACGCUGCUCUGCUAGCUUGCCCAUUUACAGGUGCUGAGGGUACGGUUGCAUUCGGUUGCAACCAUAGUUGAGCGCAGUUAGGGAUGUUGAGUGCAAAACUAAAUUCGAAGGACGUUGCUGAUAAUCGUUUAAUGAAAAGGACUAAUUUAAGUAAAUAAAUAGUUAUUACUAUACUGAUAAGAGGUAAAAUUAUUAAUAUAUUAUCGAUCGAUAACAAAGCAUAUUUAAAUUUUAAA